CUGAAUUCGUGUGCACGCCUUACGGCGCAAAGGAUGCUGGGAUUUACUGCCGGUCGCUAGGGAGGUGAGGCCUUGGUGUGAGAGAGCUCGUCAGGACGGCAGAGGAGCCACAGCUGGUCAGCAGAGGGAGGAUUCCAGCAUCUGCCGGGAAUCAAGGACCAGUUUCCUGCCCACCGUCUUGACUACUGUACCCAAGGAGAGCCAUGUCAUCUCAUGGUCAGAAGCGCCAGCACCGCAAGCAAGAAGGAAAACCUAAGGCCCAAAGGGAGGCACCAAGCCUCGUUGGUGUGCAGUUUCUCAGGCCUGAGGAGGAGGGGGCCUCCUCUGCCUGCAUCUCCUCCACUUCCCUUCCUCUGGUACCAGCUACCCAGAGGGAGGUGCCUGCUCCUGGGCCACUGAUUUUUCCACAGGUUCCUUUGAGUUCCUCCUCUUUCUCUGUCACCAUGGCUCCCACUUCAUUUAUCCAGUCCAGUGAAAUCUCCAGCAGCCAAGAAGAGGAAGUUUCAUUCCCCUAUCAGGACCAGGAACACCAUAGGUCCUUGUUGGAAAACCCACUGGAUCAGCAGAUGGCUGACCUGGUGCAGUUCCUGCUUCUCAAGUAUCAAAUGAAGGAGCUGACCACCAAGACCGAAAUGCUGAGUAGUGUCAUCAAAAAUAACCAGGAUGACUUCCCUGUGGUCUUCAGUGUAGCCUCUGAGUACAUGCAUCUGGUCUUUGGUAUUCAUGUAAAGGAGGUAGACCCCUCUAGCCACUCGUAUGCCAUUGUUAAUGCUUUGGGUCUCACCUAUGCUGGGUUGGUGGGCGAUGAUCAGAGCAUGCCCAAGACGGGCCUUCUGAUAAUGGUUCUGUGCAUCAUCUUCAUGGAGGGUGACCAUGCCACUGAGGAGGUUCUCUGGAAUGCACUGAGUAUGAUGGGUGUGCAUGCUGGGAGAGAACACUUCAUCUAUGGAGAGCCUAGAAAGCUCAUCACUGAAGAUUUGGUGCAGGAACAGUACUUGGAGUAUCGCCAGGUACCUGGUAGUGAUCCUGCUUUCUAUGAGUUCCUUUGGGGUCCAAGGGCACGUGCUGAAACCAACAAGAUGAAAGUCCUGGAGUACUGGGCCCAGGUCCAUGGGAGUGACCCUAGGUCCUACCCUUCUUUGUAUGAAAAGGCUUUGAGAGAUGAGGCAGAGUGUACCGAAGUAUCAAAUGUAGCCAGGGCCACUAGGGUGCCCAGGGGAUGGCCCAGGACCAGGAAACAUGGCAGGGCCACAUCCCGAAGCUUCCACACCCCCAAGUGAGAUAGGGCCCAUUUUUCAAUCUGUGUUGGAAGAGAGAAGUCACCUUUCUAAGUAGUGAGGGGCCAGGGAAGGUGGAAGAGAUCUUGCUGUCUAACAUGUUGAUGCUUCUGUAUUUGUGCGACUUGGAAAUUGAACUUUGUUUCCUAUGGAAUUUUUCAAAUGUUCCUGUUGAUUGAAAGUUUAAUUUACUUCUGAAUGGGAUGUUAUGAAGACCAUACUCAUUCAUUUAUUGCUGUGAACAUAGUGUUUAGGACUUUGGUGUUUUGCUUUUUCUUUCAUUAAUUAGCAUCUCAUUCUUUAUUUUUGGGGCCUGAACAAAGAUCACAUGGGAGUGUAAGAGAUAAUUUCUGGAUGUGGAAAAGAACUUGGUCAUGAAAAAGAAUGAAUAAAUGAUAGAGAAAUCAAA